CACAACUGACCGGAAGCGACACGCGGAGCUGCAACUAUCAACACAUGAAACCAUAAACCAUCACAAAGCUGCUUCCGAUUCCUGCACAGAUUACUCUGCUGCUCUAAAGCGCCUCGGCACCAUUUAAGGGCACGACUCGGCUAUUUAAUACAAGAUAAUUUUAGUCCAAAGAGCGAGUCACACAGCUGAAUAUAGUAAGUACUUCAGUGAUGCAUACUGGACGUGUUUGAACAUAGACGGCAUGUUCAAGCAACAUAAACGCGCUAUUCUCACAACGGCCUUUUUUGCCAUACAUGAGGUCAGUCAUGAGUGCUAACGCAGUGAGCUGCACAAUAAAAUCACCCGUGGCGCUGCAGAUUGGAGACGCUGUAUCUGAUUCAUCUCGACCUGGCGUCUAUAUAACAGACAUCACCCUCGCCGAGCCUGUGAACAUUCAGGAAAUCUCUUUCAAGAACUACUACACGGCGUAUUUGACGGUCCGUUUGCAGCGGAGAGAGGACGGUUCUGCGAAGUGGGUCACUUGUUUGAGAAAUUACUGCCUCAUGAGCAACCCACAUGCUGAGGACGGGUCACAUGACUAUUUCUCCAUCUACAGACAUCAGAUGUUGACGGAGCCGGAUAACGUGACGACAGUGAGACUUAUCUUGCGACAGCCCUCCUCCGAAUGGCUCAAUUUCAGCAUUGAGGAAAUUAACAUUCACCCGUGUGCAAAAGAGGACUCGGAGCGAGACGUUCCUGCCUGGAUAUCCACUCUCACACCUGUAGAGGAACCUCUUGAUUUGAAUGGACUUCCUGAUCCAGAGACGGUUUCCUCCAGCAUUCAGCAGAUGUGGGCACUCACUGAGAUAAUGCAGGCGAGCCAAACCGCAGCUUCCAUCGGACGUUUCGACGUGGAAGGCUCUUAUGAUGUCAAAUUGCUAUCAUACACAUGACGGGAAAGCGGAAAACUGAAACGUAUUUCAAGAUCAUUGACUGUUUAUUAUGUUUAUAAUUUAAUUUCUUAAGGUAGUGACUUAAUAUGUAAUAUUGGAAUUACUGUUUAUAUACAGUGUGUUUUAUUGAUAUUUUAUUUCAUAUUAUCUCUAUCUAUCUAUCUAUCUAUCUAUCUAUCUAUCUAUCUAUCUAUCUAUCUAUCUAUCUAUCUAUCUAUCAUUUAGGCCUACUAUGAUUUUUUGAGCCUUCCAGCACAGUAUUGAUACUCACAAGCAAUUUUAAAACCAUUGAUCAAAAGUUAUGGAGAGCCUGUAUCUUAUCAGUUGAUAUGUAAAUUAUUAAGAUUGCUUUAUGCACUUGUUACAUGCAAUAAAAUAAUCUUCCAUGCGUG